CUCUGCGGGCAACAGGACCAAUCCCAACCCCAAAUAAUUUUUUCCAAACGGAUCGAUUUACCAUUCAUCACGUACUCUCCCAGCAUAACCGAGCAGCCCAAUACAAUGAAGGAACUCCGCUGUGAAUGAGGCCAGAAGGGGCAAAGCACCCGGCCUGACCCUUGGAAGGCGGAGAGGAGGCUUGUCUCCCUGCCUUUCUUCCUCCUGGUUAACUAGACAUGUGAUUAGCAUUGCUGUCUGCUACUUAGUUUGCCCUGCAGUCAAGCCUGGUGUGCCUUCGGAGGAUUUACUGCCAGAGGGCUACUCAGUCAACACCAAGGCCAGCACCAAGCAUCAACUUCACCGUUAUGCCUAGCACCACAACAGGGGAGAAGCUGGAUCUUUCCAAGCUCACAGAUGAGGAGGCCAAGCAUGUGUGGGAAGUUGUCCAGCGAGACUUUGACCUGCGGAAGAAAGAGGAAGACAGACUUGGGGAGUUGAAGACACAGAUUGAGAAGGAGGACACCAAGCGAGAGCUGUUGGGGCACCAGACCAGCCUGACUGAGUCCUACUGUAUACGAUGUCUUCAGCCCUUCAAGUUCCUGGUCAAUAGCAAACGUCAGUGUCUGGACUGCCACCUGUACAUCUGCAAGUCCUGCAGCCGCUACAACAAGAAGGAGAAUGGCUCGGUGUGUGAUCCCUGUCACAUGGCCAGGGUCCUCAAGAUCGGCACGUUGGAGUGGUACCACGCAAACGUCCGCACCCGCUUCAAACGAUUUGGCAGUGCCAAGGUGAUGCGAUCGCUCUUCAAGAGGCAGAACGGAGAACGCAGUUGCUCUCAUAGUGACAUUGGAGCAGAUGGAUAUGAGGGGCACAGUAUGGAUGCAACAAAUUCGCAACACUACAAAAGGACAAAUAAAGCCAAAAGGCGGCUAACUGUCGAUCCCAUUGACUUCGAACUGGGCUGGGACUAUUCCAAUGAGUCAAGAGGGAAGUCAAAUCAGGCCCCAGACUCCCAGGACAUCCUGGUCGUGGAUGUGGGUGUGAGGGAGUCGAUGCUUGCUGAAGCUGAUGUGGCCUCUGUUUUCCAACAGAUUUCGGAGGAGCAUCGCUCAGGUCUGGACCCGGAUGACGUGGCGUACUACGAAAGCCGAACCAUCCCAUCUGGCUCCGUCUCCCAGCUCAGCCACUCCUCUUGUGGCAGUGGAAGUGCGGGGCGUCCCCAGGGCAGCAGCACAUAUCUGCCCGGGCCCGAGCACUCGGAGGAGGAGGACGACGACCAGUGCCAGCCCUACCUGCUCUACCACUCUCACCUCAGUCACACUUCUCAAGAGAGCCUGAACUCGGCCAACCCCCCACCACAGAUCACUGACCUGAGCAGACACAUCUCAACCGUUGAGACCAUCUUGAGUCGCUUAGAACAGCAGGUCACCGCAACAAAUGAUCAGGCUCCUUCGACUCCAAAUAGCACCUCACCCGUCCCUCAGUGGGGCGGCGUGGACCUGGAAGAGCAGCAGCUCAGGCAGAAGCUGCACGAAAUGACGAACGACAUCAGUGACCACAGCCUGACCUCCGACGAGGACGAGUCCAGCACGCCCCAUUCCUCGCAAGGGGUCCCGGCGUGGAGGAGCCCAGAGGGCGACGCCAGACCUUCCAGGCUACCGAUCAGACCCACGUCCAGAACGAGCACCGUGGAUUCCAUACUGGAGGAGGAGCAGCCUCAGGAGACCGACUCUCAGAAGACAAACCACAUGACGGAGAGUGUGGAGAGGAAGGGGCACCCCCCGGAGGAGGCAUCGCAGGCAAACUUCCGAGGCUCAACAGCUCUGCUCGUCGAGCUGGAGGGCCAGGUCGCUCAGGCAGCCGCCAACGUCCAGAACGCCGAGAGCGAGGUCUCUUACAUAGAGAACAGGAUCGCUGCCCUGAAUGUCGCUGGCAUGCCCGUGGACAGAAGAAAGUCUGCAAUCCCGAUCCCAGCACGAAGACUUUCGCAGAACUUUCCCACAAGCGAACAGACGUGCUCCCAGUUGUCAGGCCAGGUGAGCAGGUUUGUGAGGAACUCCCUGGACAGGGGCUCGCUGACCCAGAGGAACCCAGUGGCCAAGCCCAAGACCAGGGCGACCUGUGCGAAGCCAGUCAUGACACAGGGCUCCUGAGGAGGAGGCUGAGCCUCAUGUGACCUGUGACCACAGUUUGUUGGUUUAUUACAGAUUGUAAGAAUCUGAAGAGGAAUGAAUCCGUGUCCGGUUGAAGAGAUGGUCGGCUACAGCGGGACUGCUUCAAGCUUUAUUCAAAAAUGUGCCCUUUUGAAAUGAUGAUGUUUAUUUUCCAUAUUUAUAGUAUAUGAGUUACAUUGCUAGGUGUGCAUCUUAAGUCCUACAUAUGAUUUGCAGAUUGAUUUUAACUAAUGUAAGAUGUUGCAUUUAGCAUUGUAAUCUGAUAAACUGAUCAAUAGAUGAUAAUCUGAUCAAUAGAUGAUAAUCUGAUAUUGCCGCUUAGUCCAAUGUUCAGAGUGUAAAUGAAAACAUGAGACAAACAGAAAAUGUAGCAACUUGUUAAUUUAAGUAACGUGUUAAAUUCUCCUAUAGCUGGUAACUAUACUUUUAUAUUAUCUGUAACAUCUUUUUUUAUGCUUUGUGAUGAUUGGUUCACAUGUUUGUCACGGGUUUCUUUUUUAAGAAUGGACGUAGUUAAUCUGGGUUAUGUCACAGAAAUAACAGGGAGUUAAACCAAGGGUUUUAAGGUGUGUGAGCUGUAAUGUGUACAAAUAAAAUGAAUACAGAAUA